GGCGGGGCGCUCGUCCUCAUUUCUCGCUUUGUCGCAGUGCAGCGGCCUUCUGGCCGCGCCGCCGCCCGCUUUCCUCCGCACCGCCGUUCCGCCCCGCCCCUCCGCGUCUGGUCGCCUAGCAACCGGAGGAAAUUGGGCCUAGCGCCACGUCCUCGGCGGGCGAGCCUCGGAGCCGGGUGGGCCUCUUCGGAGGGGCGCACCGGGAAGGCGGCGGUGUGAAGAAGGUAUUGUGGGGAAGGAGGCAACCCCCGUACACACGACCCGAGCCGCAUUAUCUCCAGGUUAAAUUUUUCCAGCUGGCUUUUUAUAAAGCCUGACAACUUUCAGCCACAGAAGUAAUGAAUCAUGCAGUGUCCCAACCUCUGAAAAGAAAUGUGUGUUCUGUUAAUGCUCCUGAACCAUUCCGUAUGCAUAUUGCUAUCAAGCCAAGGGUUCCACCAUGUGUUAUUGGUGUGGCAGCUGGAUUUCAAGAAACAAGGUCAUCCAUAAAAGUUGGAAGCGAGCCUAUGAUAGACAGAAAAGCUCACAUCAGUAAAUCUUUUCAGGAAUGCUUAGGUGAAGAGAACGGCUAUUUGGGAAUGUAUAAAACCUUACAGAAGGAAAAUCAGCAACUCAAAAAAACACUAAAAGAAAAGGAUUUGAUUAUAACAAGAUUAAUGAAGAUUAUUGAAAACCAGGUUACCAAGUAUAACAAAGCAAUUGAAUUAGAAAAAGAACAUCAGAAAGAGACUGAAAGGCGAUUAGAGGAGUCGGAGCGCUUAGUCAAGGAGCAGAUCCAGUUGCUAGAUGACACCAUAAGACAUUACACGAAAAUCAUUCAAGAACAGCACACACAGCAUGCAGAGCUGAUAUCUGAAAUGAAAAAGCAGAAUGAGGCUGAUAUAAGGUGCAGAGAAGAAAAGAUUGCCAAGCUGAAACAAUACAUUUCUGAGACUUUCGAAGAAAAAUCCCGCGAACAUCAACAGCAGAUAGAUGAACUGAUGAGAGAAAUAAAUAAAUUCAUGGAGAUGUCACACAUUCUUAAAACAUGAAAAAGAAUUGGGCUCAAAAAAGGAAUCUGAAAAGAUCAAGAAGUAAAUCAUAUCUCGAGAGAUCUUUGAGCGGGUCUGAAAAGAAUACUCACCCUGCUUCGGUAACUUAACAAAAGCACCAAACACUAUAUUAAUGCAUAUAAACAGACAAAAGUUUUACAUCGUGUCCGAUCCCUGCCUGGAUUGCUCUGAACUUUAUGGAAAGCUAAAUUCAAGAAACUGUGUCUGCAGUUCAGAUGGUGUGAGAUGAUGAUUCAAUCGGCAUUGUGACAACUUAAGUAACCCUGGGUUUAGCACCUUCCACGUACUUAUGAUAUUGGGCCUGUCCACACUGUGAAAUUUUGAUCCAGCUGUUUCUAUUUUAACUCAGGUACCUGUCCUUGAAGGCAGAAUAGUGUGUUAUUUUGCAUCUCAAUGAAUCGUCCCAAAAAGACUGCACUCCAUAACCCUGUGCCAGAAAGAUGCGACCAGCUCUUAAAGGCAAAAUAUGUAUUAUUUUAAGUAGAAACACAAGUGGACAAGUUCUUCUUUUUUCUGUGCUAAACAGUGCUAUCAGGGAACCAUAUAUCAUAACUAUAUGCCAGUAUGGACAGGCUCACUGAUAAGUGGGGAAAAAUACUAUUUUCAGAUUAGUUGUUAAAAGGAGUUCAGUCAUUGCCAAGGAUAAAGGUAGGAUCACUUGUUCUGGGAGAUAACCUAUGUAUCGACUAGAGAUGGGCACAAACUUGUUUGUCCUGGUUUGUAGGCUCAAACAGCCACUCACCAGGCCC